CACCCGGAUUUUCUGUGAAUUCCACCAGCCUUUUCUGGUUUUGGGUUUUCAUCAGUUUCGCUUCUCUAGUCCUCUCUUUUGCAAGAUUCCUUUGAAUUAUCCGCCAUAUAUAUACAAUUUUCCCUUUGUAAUUCAACAUUUCUACCACAUUGGCGCCCAUAGUCUACCCUUCUGUUCUUGAUUGAAUAAUUAUUAUUAUUAUUUGUGUUUUUGUUUUAAUUUUGAAAUUUGGUGACUUUUCCUUGAAACGAAUCGAUUUUGGAGAGUUGGGUUUCUGUUUUUCCUUGAUGGGUACUGCUUGUGCUCAGUACCCGUUUGAAGUGACUGCCCAUUUCCAAGAAAAAUGUAGGGGUUUACAUCCGAAAACGAAGUUCUCAAGCUUUAAUUUUCCUCCCAAAUUGGAUUCUUCGAGAAUGAACUUAUACCCAUGUUCAUCUUCCACCAACUCCUCCAAGAGGUAUGUUGGUCAAAUAUGUUCUCUACCUGACUUUGGUGAUUUCUUCUGGGACAGAAUCCCAACCCCCAUGCUUGACAUGGUCGAAAACCCUAUGUGCUUGAAGAAUUUGACUCCUAAGGAGCUGAAACAAUUAGCUGAUGAAAUCCGUGUAGAGUUGUUUUGUAUCAUGUCAAAAAUGCAAAAACCUUUUAAAGCCAGUCUGGCAGUGGUGGAGCUGACUGUUGCAAUUCACUACAUUUUCCAUGCUCCAAUGGACAAGAUACUUUGGGAUGUGGGGGAAGUGACAUAUGCACAUAAAAUUCUCACUGGAAGGCGGGCCCUUAUGCAUACACUGAGAGAAAGGGGUGGUCUUUCAGGUUUUACAUCUCGUUCUGAGAGUGAAUAUGACCCAUUUGGUGCAGGGCAUGGAUGCAGCAGUAUUUCUGCUGGGCUUGGCAUGGCGGUUGCUCGAGAUUUGAAAGGGAAACGGGAACGUAUAGUUACGGUGAUUGGCAAUGGAACAACUAUGGCUGGUCAGGUUUAUGAGGCAAUGGGCAAUGCAGGUUAUUUGGACUCAAAUAUGGUAGUAAUAUUAAAUGACAGUCGUCAUUCUUUACACCCAAAGCUCGAAGAUGGUCAGGCUACACCAAUUAACGCUUUAUCUAGUACUCUAACCAAGCUCCAGUCAAGUAAAUCCUUCCGAAAAUUUAGAGAAGCUGCUAAGGGUGUUACCAAGAGAAUUGGUAAGGGCAUGCAUGAGCUGGCUGCUAAAGUAGAUGAGUAUGCCCGUGGUAUGGUGGGUCCACUGGGAGCAACACUCUUUGAAGAGCUUGGUCUAUAUUACAUUGGUCCUGUUGAUGGACACAACAUUGAAGAUCUCAUUUCUGUUUUACAAGGGGUGGCAUCUUUGGAUCCAACUGGUCCUGUGUUGGUUCAUGUAAUAACAAAGGAAUACCAGGGAGUAGAAGCUAGCCAAAAGAGUAUGAUUUCAAAUGGACAUCUGAAAGGUUUCUACGCCUCUGAAUUAUCACCAUAUCCUCUCCCGAGAAUGUAUAGUGAUUGCUUUGUGGAGGCUUUGGUUAAUGAGGCAGAAAAGGACAAAGACAUUGUGGUGGUUCAUGCAGGAAUGGGAAUGGAACCACCACUUCAACUAUUUCAGGAAAAAUUUCCUUAUAAAUUUUUUGAUGUGGGAAUGGCGGAGCAACAUGCAGUUACAUUUUCUGCUGGUUUGGCUUGUGGGGGAUUGAAACCAUUUUGCAUAAUCCCAUCUACCUUCCUACAGAGAGCUUAUGAUCAGGUAGUUCAUGAUGUGGAUCGGCAGAGAAUUCCUGUUCGUUUUGCCAUUACAAGUGCAGGACUGGUAGGGUCUGAUGGUCCCACGCGCUGUGGAGCUUUUGACAUAACAUUCAUGUCCUGUUUACCUAACAUGAUUGUCAUGGCACCAUCUGACGAAAAUGAGCUCAUGCACAUGGUGGCCACUGCAGCUCAUGUUGAUGAUAGACCAAUUUGCUUCCGAUAUCCUAGGGGCGCCACUGCUGGAAUGAGUAACUCUAUAUGGAAUGGAAUUCCCAUUGAGAUUGGAAAAGGUAAAGUCCUCAUAGAGGGUAAAGAUGUUGCUCUGCUUGGGUACGGAGUUAUGGUUCAGAAUUGCCUUAAGGCUUGGUCGCUCCUUUCAGAGCUUGGAAUUAGAGUAACUGUUGCUGAUGCGAGAUUUUGCAAGCCUCUUGACAUCCAGCUUGUUAGAGAGCUCUGUGAAAACCAUGCCUUCUUAAUUACUGUUGAGGAAGGCUCUGUUGGAGGGUUUGGAUCCCAUGUUGCACAAUUCAUUGCUCUUGAUGGAAAGCUGGAUGGAAGAAUUAAGUGGCGACCCAUCGCUCUACCCGACAACUACAUAGAACAGGCAUCACCAGAGGAGCAGCUGGCUAUUGCAGGGCUCACCGGCCAUCACAUUGCUGCAACAGUACUAAGUCUGCUGGGCCGUAACCGUGAAGCUCUCCUGUUAAUGCAGUAGAGAUCUGGCCACCAGUUGCAAAAACACAAGAGACUGAAGCUGCCUGGGAGGAUUGAUUGAAACUGAAGAAGAGCAUUAGUUUUUGUGCCAUAUAGUUUUGUUUUGUAGGUACUAUGAAUAUUACCUUAGCGAUGGUUUCUUAGCCUAGUUUAAUAAUACUCUUUGUGAUCCCAUGGAAAAUACUUCAGGUCUUCUGAGCACCUAAAUCAAUGAUGAUUUCAGUGGGAGACCGACCACCUUCUCCCUUCUCACUA